GAACAUCUCCUGCUCUCUGACUGCAGCUGGGAGGGACUGCUGCGGGAGGACUGUGAGUGCUUUGGGACAGCGUGGGGCCCACGGAAUUCGAGAGCCUCGUUUCAGGACGGUGUGUGUAACCCGGAUGUUCAGUUACACAACGCGGAAAUACAGGAUAGAGUCAUUCGCCACACUGAUAAGUGAAACAAACAUCAAAAACAGUCAUUUGAAAAUUAAGGGCAAAUACUACGACUGGAAUCUAAAUCGUGUUUGCGUUAUCAAUAUUGACACAUCAUGCCAGGAAGAUAUGGCCAAUAGCAAGACUGCUCUCACAUGAGGACCGGUGUGGUUUGCCUAACUUCCACUUCCACCUAUACCUGCAGGGACUUUCCAGCCAGACUAACUGUGCUCAGCCCUUCUAACCUAAUCCCCAUCUGUGUCUGUGUUAUACGGAUCCCAACCGCUGCCCCCACGUUUCGGAAUUCCACUGCCGCUCCAGACCCCCCCCUGCUGUCUCUCUUGGCGUGGCCAAGCCCCUCUCAUUCAGGAUAGCCUCUGCACAGCUCCAUGGCGGGUCGUGGAGGACCGGCGCGACCCAACGGCCCGGCGGCAGGCAACAAGAUCUGCCAGUUCAAGCUGGUGCUGCUGGGGGAAUCGGCGGUGGGCAAGUCCAGCCUGGUGCUGCGCUUCGUCAAGGGCCAGUUUCAGGAGUACCAAGAGAGCACCAUCGGAGCUGCCUUCCUCACACAGACUGUCUGCCUGGACGACACGACAGUCAAGUUUGAGAUUUGGGACACGGCAGGCCAGGAGCGAUACCACAGCCUGGCGCCCAUGUACUACAGAGGAGCCCAGGCGGCAAUUGUGGUCUACGACAUCACCAACAGAGACACUUUUACGCGGGCAAAGAACUGGGUGAAGGAGCUGCAGAGACAAGCCAGCCCCAACAUCGUCAUCGCUCUGGCUGGGAACAAGGCCGACGUCGCUAACAAGAGAGCCGUUGAUCUCCAGGAAGCACAGGCCUAUGCCGAUGACAACAGUCUACUGUUCAUGGAGACUUCAGCUAAGACUGCUAUGAAUGUCAACGAAAUCUUCAUGGCCAUAGCAAAGAAGCUGCCCAAGAACGAGGCUCAGGGCGCAGCCGGGGCAGGGGGCCGGGCCCGGGCAGGAGUGGACCUUCAGGAGCCCGCCCCCCAGGGCCGCAGCGGCCAAUGCUGUGGCGGGAGCACUUAGCCAAUAUCCAAUGAACUGACUGAACGAGCCCAGAACACAAAUAUUAUCAAGACAACCAAUCACGGCCUAGAGAGUAACGAUGCGGGAACCGUUCUCACCCCCCCCUCCCAAUCAAAAGGAGACCCUUUAUAAAAUUAUAAGCUAGAGAACUUCAGUGUGACCCUCUCACAUACUCUCUCUCCCUCUUUUACCCUCUAUCCCUCUGCUGUACCUCCCAUCUUCUCCCUCUCUCACUUUAAUCUAAUACUAACUGGAUUAUGUCUUAACGUUUUCUGUCCUUUUAAAAAAAACAUUUUGUUGAUGGAUCAUACCAACUGCUAUUAGCCUUUUUGUUCAGGUGGCAGGUGCAUGUCGCAAAGGUUAAGUUGUCUUUUCCUCUGAAAAUCAUUUUCUUCCUUCCAUGUUGGUCUUCCACAUCUGGAAGAGGGAAAAUAUGCUCCAAGGGGACAAUGUGUCUUACGCUCUUUCUCCGGAUCUGUCCAUUUUGUAAAUUAAUAUUAGCAUUUGUUUAUUAUUACCACUGUUCUUUUGGCACGAGUGGGGGAUGAUUAUAUAGGACACACUUAAUGUGGUUUCCGACACGUGUGACAAAUUAAACCGUAACGCAGUGUGCAUUUUUAUCACCUAGUAUACCAGACAGUCAUUUUUAGCAUCAUGUUUUUGAAUCUGUAAGAUGAAUAUAAGAAUACAUUGUAAGACCUGGGGGAAAAACACAUGGCAAGAUUUUCUUGGCCAAAAUGUACAUUGUUAAAACGUUUAUUCCCAUUAACAUAGUAUAACAAUCAUUUGUUCACCACCAAUCAAACACAAAUGUUCUGUUGGGGGGGCAGCAUGUGGUAGGCCAGCCUCCGACAUGAGAUUUAAAUCAUGUAUAUUGUUAUCAAAUAAACGUAUCUUGUAGUUUGAGUUUAAAAAAUA